AGCUAAAGCCCCCCCAACCCCUCGGGGCAGGUCCUUAAUGAGCGCGUUUGAACUGCCAUUACCUCCGCUGUUACAGGUGUACAUGCCAAUCAUUAUAAUGUUAUGACCACUGUUAUAAAGUAGCUGUCAGACCUAAAACGUUGUCCGGCUCUAACCGUCCAUUGCAGUCGUCAAGGUACCGGCGUUAGCUUAACGUCUUAUCAUGUGGGUAUUCGGUUACGGGUCUCUCAUAUGGAAGGUGGAUUUUCCUUAUGAGGAAAAAAGAGUUGGCUUCAUAAAAGGCUUCAGCCGUCGGUUUUGGCAGGGCAGCACCGACCACCGUGGUGUACCGGGGAAGCCUGGCCGGGUUGUGACACUGGUGGAGGAUCCUGAGGGAUGCGUUUGGGGCGUCGCCUACAAGCUGCCGACGGGCCGGGAGCAGGAAGUGAAGAGCUACCUCGACUACAGAGAAAAAGGUGGUUAUCAGGUCAUCACGGUGACCUUUCACCCCCGUCCACCACUCACUCCGCCGCCCAACCAGGCGCUGCUGUACAUAGGCUCUCAGGACAAUCCAGACUACCUCGGCCCCGCCCCUCUGGAGGAGAUAGCCAACCAGAUCGUCAGCUCUACCGGUCCAAGCGGGCAAAAUACGGAGUACCUGUUUGAGCUGGCUGAUGCUGUGAGGACAAUUCUGCCUGAGGACUCAGACGCACACUUGUUUUCUCUAGAAACGUUAGUGAGGGAAAGACUAAACAAAGGGCAGAAACACUCACACACUCAAACAGGUUGAUUGUGAUUAGAUAAUACGACUUGAUCAAUGAUAUAUAGCAGGUUGGAUAGCUGUCAAAUAAUCUCAGGGUUCAAGGUACACGUAGGGCCAAUAAGGAUAUUUGUCGGGUAUGGAAAAUAUGUUGACAAGGUCUGUUUGUAUCCGUUAGUGUCACACUGCAAAGAUAUGUGAAGAAAAUGUUACAUUACACAGCAAUUAAUAAUAAUAUAACAAUACAAUAAUAAUGUAUUGAAAGCUGCUUCAAAAUAGUACAAAUGACAAAUACAUAAAGGUAUUGUAUCUAAACUACAUGUUGAGUGAUUGCAAAUUAUGCUUUGGAUAAACAUGUAGAUUUAGUCCCUCCCUCCCACAUUCAAACGCACUACGGCCGAAUGUUUCAACGAAUAAAUACUGUAUCUGCAUUCACAGAUACAUGUGUUGUGAGAGUAGUUCACUCAUACAUUUUAGUAAGUAUGAGUGAACUACUACAGUUUAACACUCAAAAAACGUUGCAAAUCUACCUCACCUGGACUGUGUGGGUGUGGUUUGAUCAGAUAUGUUUAACAAUGGGAUUGUUGGCAACAAUAGCAAACAACCUUAUAACUAUGUUGCCAAAUCCAGAUUGGUGCAUGGAAGUAUUUUGCAUUGCUUUUUUUCCAUCUGAGCCCCACCCACUUUAUACCAAUGAGAGUGCAGAGAAUCACAACUUGGAAAAAAAAUCUCUCAAAAGAAAUAACCAAAACUCGUAUCAACUUUGAAAAAAAAGUUGUGUGUUCAUGAGUUUGUUGCUCAACACAAAGCCCUGACUGAGAAAACCUUGGCUUACGGACUUAAAAAUAUCUCAUUUGGAUGGGUCUGAGUCAUCCUUCUCACCUUUUUCAGCCAGCAGUCAGUUCAUAAUUUGGUCCAGACAGAGAUAUCUCAACAACUACUGGAUCGAUUUCCAUGAAAUUUGGUACAGACAUUCACUCCGGAGCAUGAAUCCUUCUGACUUUAACAAAAUAGCACUACUGUACAUGUACUGAAUAGGCUCAAAAUCACGUUUGUAAUUCCUUAACAUUAGCUCGAAUCACCAUCAUCAAAAUCUUACGGUUAAUGACAUUUCCAUCAACCUCAACUGUACUUUAUGGUAAGCACUAAUUAGCAAAUGCUAGCAUGCUAACACGCAAGAUUGUGAACAUGGUAAACAUUAUACCUGCUAAAUAUCAGCAUGUUAGCAUUUUGCUCAAAGCAACGCUGUGCCGAAGUGCAGCCUCAGCAUGACUGUAGACUCUUAGUCUUGUUCUUAUCAUACUCUGGUUAACACUACAUCUCCAUGUAAUGUAGUAGAUCGCCUUUUAAAUAUAAGAUUACCAUUUCAUUCAGAUAAUUGAGUCUCCAUACUGAUUUUAUUGGGCUAACCUGGAUGAUUCAAAUGGUUUAAAAAAGGAGAACACGGUUUGCCAGAUAAGUUAUAACACUGUUUUUAGUCUCUGAAACAAAACCUAUUUUUGUUGAAUAUUAGGUUUAUGGGCAUCAUUAGUCAUGCCCAAAAACCUAUUUUGGAAGGCAUUAUCUUAACUCUUUCUAAAGUUGAUUGUCUAACCAGAUAGUUCUGCUUUGGUAAAUGCCCUCUAUCUCUCUUCCUGAUAUUCCAGACUGUACAUACCAGCUUUGCCUUUUCUCAUUCUGCCAACAUACGUAUCAGCACAGUGAGCAUAUCCAGGUCAACAGCAGUGCAUCAGAAAAGAAUCAACACGCAGAAUAAAAAUGGUGACAGAUGUAUCUGUGAUCCUGUCUUUCUUAAACAUACACUGUAUGUUUACACUGAAUCUGUUCUGUAGCAGCAUCUGUACAGCAUAACGCACAAAAACUAUCCGUGCAGAAACAAACAUCUGAUCUACAUUUUAUCUCCGUCUCUGUGCUGAACAUAAUCUUCUGUGGAUAGCUAUGUGAUGUGGAUGUAUGCAGAUAAAACUGUAGGUAUUUUACGUGAUGACUCAACCCUGGCAAACAUACAGCAUGCCACACUCUUCCUCUCUAAAAUAAAACACAUCUC